AUGGGACAAGCAUUCAGUUUUGCCAACAUAUUCGGCAAGCUUUGGGGUGUCCAAAAGGAAAUACGAAUUCUUAUACUAGGUCUAGACGGUGCAGGGAAAACCACAAUCCUAUACCGAUUGCAAAUGGGAGAGGUCGUCACUACCAAGCCUACCAUUGGAUUCAAUGUCGAGACCUUGAAAUACAAGAAUGUCACGUUGAACAUUUGGGAUUUGGGUGGACAGACGUCGAUCAGACCGUACUGGAGGUGCUACUACAGCAACACAUCCGCCAUCAUAUUCGUGGUUGAUUCGACCGAUAAAGACCGUAUUGAUACCGCGUGCAAAGAGUUACACACCAUGUUGAAAGAGGAGGAAUUGCAAGAUAGUGCGUUGUUGGUGUUUGCCAACAAGCAGGAUCAACCGGGUGCCAUGACAGCCGCCGAGGUCAGCCAAGCCCUCGAUCUCACUGAUUUGAAAGAUAGAAGUUGGAGUAUUGUCGCCAGUAGUGCCAUCAAGGGAGAAGGGUUGACCGAGGGGUUGGACUGGUUGAUGGAUGUAAUCAAAGACGAACAGUUGUAA